CCAUGGCUAAAGCUCUCUCCCUCUCUCUCUGCCUCACCUUCCUGUUCCUCCUCCAUGGCUGCUGCCUAGCUCAAUCUCAAUUUCAAGCUCCAGCCAAGACCCAAUGCCAAAUCCAGCACCUCACCGCCCGCGACCCCACCUUCCGCUUCCAGUCCGAGGCCGGUCUCACCGAGUACUGGGACACUUCCAGCGAUGAAUUCGAGUGCGCCGGCAUCGAGUUCGUGCGCCACCAAGUGCACCCCAAGGGGCUCGUGCUUCCCUUCUACACCAACGCCCCUCGACUCACCUUCAUUGUCCAAGGUAGCGGGAUUUUGGGGACUGUGAUUCCGGGAUGUGCCGAGACUUAUGAAUCCGAGUCGGGAUCGAGCUCCCGGGAAGGAGAGGAAGGAGACCGCCACCAGAAACUGAGGCGGAUCCGCGGCGACGUCAUUGCUUUGCCCGAGGGCAUCACCACCUUCGUUUACAACGACGGAGAUGCUCCCUUGACUUACGUGUCCAUGUUGGAUAUUGGCAAUGACAACAACCAGCUUGACUUCAAAUUCAGAAAAUUUGUCCUUGCAGGAAACCCAGAAUCCAUUGAAAGGCAGCAAGGCAUGCGUGGAGAGACAAGGUACAUGAGGGGGAGAGAAGGCCAACAACAAUCAAGAAAUAUAUUCUACGGCUUCGACAAUCAGCUUCUAGCAGAGGCUUUCAACACGGAGCCAGAGCUGAUGAGGAAGCUUCAGGGCAGGAACGACGAGAGAGGCAUCAUCGUCCUAGCCGAGAAGCUGAGAAUGGUGCUGCCCGACGAAUACGAAAGCCAAGCACCAAGACGAGGCCGGCCCUACAACGGCUUGGAGGAAACCUUCUGCUCACACAAAAUCAAGCAGAACCUCGACCACCCCACCAGCGCCGACCUCUACAACCCCCGCGCUGGCCGCAUCAGCAACCUCAACAGCCUCUCUCUCCCCAUCCUCAACUACCUCCAACUCAGCGCUCAAAGAGGAAUCCUCUACAAGAAUGCAUUCGUGGCGCCACAAUGGACCACAAACGCCCACUCCGCCUUGUACGUGACUAAAGGAAGUGCUAGAAUCCAAGUGGUCGGAUUCGGAGGAAGAUCGGUUUUCGACGGAGAGCUGAAGGAGGGGCAGCUUCUGGUAGUGCCGCAAAACUUCGUUGUGGUGAAGAAGGCGAGCGACAAGGGAUUCGAGUGGAUCAGCUUCAAGACCAACGAGAAUGCGGUGCACGCACAGCUCGCGGGCCGCCUCUCCGCCAUCCGGGCAAUGCCCAAUGAGGUCCUGAUGAACGCAUUCGGCAUCUCUCGGGACGAAGCUAAGAGCCUCAAGUUUGGGAGAGAAGAAUCCUCUCUCUUUAGCCCAUCGCAGAGAUAUGCAUAAAUGAUGCUGUUGUUCUAGACCUCUACGUUUUAUUAUGGAGUAAUAAAUCUGUGAAUUUUCGUUUGUCUUA